AUGAGGUCCAUCAGGUCUUCCAUCAUGUUAUUGGCGGCUGCCGGCAUGUCAUCUGCGGCGCCGACAUGCAAUAAGCCAUUGUUCUCUGAGUGGAUGACAGACUCCAUGAUUCGUUUUGGCGUUGAGCCUAGCUUUCACUACGACCAGGCAACGUUGUACACGUCCUUCGAAGACCUCUACGAGUACAGAAAGAACCAAACGCUCUACGACUAUUACAAAGCACAGGUUGACGCUGUGGUGCUUCCAGACGGCACCAUCGACGGUUUCAACUACUCAAAACACAGCUUGGACCCAUACCGCUUCGGCAACAACGUCUUGUUUUGGUACGAGCAGACAGGGGACGAGAAGUACCGCAUCGCCGCCGACGGGAUCAAGGGGACACUCGACAGCCAUCCGCGCACACCAACGGGGGGCUUCUGGCAUCGCGAGGUCGUGUACCCGAACCAGAUGUGGCUCGAUGGCAUCUACAUGGCAGACAGCUUCUACGCGAAGUAUGUCUCUUUGUUCCAACCCGAUAACCAGACUGCUUGGGACGAUGUUGUGUUGCAGUUCGACAACAUCGACGCGCGGACGCGUCGUGAUGACAACUUGCUGGUGCACGGUUACGACGAGAGCAAACAGGCCGUGUGGGCGGACCCGGAGACCGGCGCCGCGCCGCUGGUGUGGGGCCGGGCCGUGGGAUGGUACUUUAUGGCGCUUCUUGAGGUGAUCGACCUGCUUCCUGAGGAACAUCCUGGCCGAGAGAGACUUUUGGGAUAUUUCACUGGCCUCGCAGAGGGCCUCAAGGGUGCGCAGGAUGAGACUGGGGGCUGGUGGAAUAUCAUGGAAAAGCGAUAUGAGGACGUGGAGGGCAACUACAUCGAGAGCAGCGCAAGCGCCAUGUUCACGUUUGGUUGGCUCAAGGGUUUGAACUUGGGGUACUUGACGGAAGCGGACUACCUUGAGGUUGCAAAGAAGGCUUGGAACGGCCUGAAAGACAGGUUUGUCACUUACAACGACAACGGCACAAUCAACUUCGAGGGUACCGUUAUGGUCGGGAGCCUCGGCAGUAAUGCAACCUUUGAAUAUUACGCGAGUAUUGGUCUCCGACAGAAUGACCUUCGCGGUGCUGGCGUGUUUAUCAUCGCGGCGUUGGAGUGGGAGAAACGCUCCGCGUAA